AAAUAUAGGUAAUAAAUUUUAUUUAAUCUCGCGAUACAUAUAUUUUUAUUUUAUCACAAUAUACGAUGACGUUCAAAAUAUUGUAUUUUCAUUGUGAAUAUGCAUAAUAUCGUAUAAAUAGAAACACAGAACAUGUAGUUAUUUCGAUUUAUAAUGUUAGUGUUGAAGGAAGUUUCCGGGAAAUUAAUCUCAUCUAUAUAAAUAAAGUGUUUCAUUGGAAUCAUUGGUGUAUAAGCUGAGUGAAUCUCAAUUAUAGAUAAAAUGCCAGCAAUAUUGGUGACAGGCGGUGCUGGCUACGUCGGCUCGCACACCGUCAUGGCGAUGCUCGAAAAAUCAGAUUUUGAGUACGAAAUCGUCGUGGUUGACAACCUGUCUAAUGCUUAUAGAGCCAAAGGAGAAAAGAAACCGGUAGCAUUAUUAAGGAUAGAAGAAAUGACAGGCAAGACGAUACAGUUCUAUGAAGUGGAUAUUCGUGACAAGCAAGGCUUGAGCAAUGUUUUUGGAAAGCAUGAUGUGCAAUGCGUGAUUCACUUUGCUGCCCUAAAAGCCGUCGGCGAGUCCGUGGAAAAGCCUCUGGAGUACUGCCAGGCGAACAUUACCGGAACAUGCACGUUAUUCGAGGUGAUGCGUGACCACAGCGUAUACAACCUUAUAUACAGUUCCUCAUGUACUGUGUACGGCGAACCAGAGAAAUUACCAUUGGACGAAAACCACCCAACAGGUCGUGGGAUCAGUAGCCCUUAUGGCAGGACCAAGUACUUCUGCGAGGAGAUCAUGAAGGACCUGUGUGCUAGCGACCCGAAAUGGAAAAUAAUAUCUCUGCGCUAUUUCAACCCUGUAGGAGCUCACCCCAGCGGUCGGAUCGGGGAAGACCCUAACGGCAUACCUAACAACUUGAUGCCUUUUAUUGCACAGGUGGCAGUAGGUCGUCUACCAGAACUGAAAGUGUUCGGUACAGACUAUCCAACAAUAGAUGGCACCGGUGUGCGAGAUUAUAUACACGUGGUGGAUCUGGCCGAUGGGCACGUGAAGGCGCUGCAGUUGUUCCAUCGGAAUGGGUUCAGCGGUUUCUGCCCUAUUAACUUGGGCACAGGCACAGGCUACUCAGUAUACCAAGUGAUAUCCGCGUUCGAGAAGGCCAGUAACCGCCCCAUACCCUUUGUCCCUUCCCCCCGUAGAGCGGGAGACCUGGCCGCCAACUGGGCCGAGCCAGCCGCAGCGAGCCAGCUACUGGCCUGGAACGCGACUCGCUCACUGGCGCAGAUGUGUGGGGAUGUGUGGAGGUGGCAGAGUGGCAACCCUAAUGGGUAUAGGGAGUAAAAAGGGGGGAGGCUAGAAGUGUAGUUGGAGGAGUAGGGGGAAAGAGG